AUGAUUAAUACAAUCUCGUGGAAUAUUAGAGGGGUUAAGUCAAGGGGGGCUUUUGAAAGAUUAAAGUUCCUAUCCAAAAUUCAUAAAACACAUUUUAUUGCUGUUCAGGAGCCUUUUGUUCAUUCUAGUAAAAUCGAGCAAUACAAAAGGAGACUUGCUUUUGAAGGAUGUUUGGGCAACUGCAAUGGGAAAAUAUGGUUUUUUUGGAUUUCUGGUUUCAAUGUUACGGUGGUGGUGGAUGAUGAACAACAAAUUACAGUGAAGGUGACCAACAACACAAAUGAUGAAGUCUUUUAUUUCACCUUUGUAUAUGCAAAAUCUAAACAUCCUUUAAGAACUUCUCUUUGGGAAAGUCUGAGAAACUGUAUCAGCAUGAUUAAUGGUCCUUGGUGCAUUAAUGGAGAUUUCAAUGUCAUUAUGAGCCCGGAUGAAAAAAAAGGAGGGAAACCCCACAGAAUGGAGAAAAGUUGGGACUUUAUAACUUGUAUGGAUGAUUGCGGGAUGGUCGAUGCUGGCUUCACAGGGCUAAGAUUUACAUGGUGCAACACAAGGGGAAAACCACACAGAAUAUGGAAGAGAUUGGAUAGGGUGUUCUUUAAUCAUCAGUGUCACGACCCAACCCCGUAG